AUGGAAGCCAUCAAGUCUCUGGCCAAGGUCGUCACCGAGGCUCAUGGCGUCGACACAUUCCGCCUCGACGAAUACCAGAAGCUGUACAAGGAGUCGAUAACGGAGCCGGAAAAGUUUUGGGCGCGGCAGGCGCGCGACGUUCUCUCGUGGGACCGCGACUUCUCGACGACGCGCUACGGCACCCUCGAGAGCGGAGACACGGCCUGGUUCCUCGAGGGCCAGCUCAACGGAUCCUACAACUGCGUCGACCGCCACGCCAUCAAGGACCCGUCGCGCGUCGCCAUCAUCUACGAGGCCGACGAGCCCGCCGACGGCCGCAACGUGACGUACGGCGAGCUGCUGCGCGAUGUCUCCAAGACGGCCUGGACCCUGCGCCAGAUGGGCGUCGGCAAGGGUGACACCGUCGCCAUCUACAUGCCCAUGAUACCCGAGGCCAUCGUCGCCAUCCUGGCCUGCAUCCGCAUCGGCGCCGUCCACUCGGUCGUCUUCGCCGGCUUCUCGGCCGACUCCCUGCGCGACCGCGUCAUCGACGCCCGCUCCCGCGUCGUCAUCACCACCGACGAGGGCAAGCGCGGCGGCAAGCUCAUCGGCACCAAGAAGAUCGUCGACGACGCCCUCAAGCAGUGCCCCGACGUCACCCACUGCCUCGUCUACAGGCGCACCGGCGCAGAGAUACCCUGGACCGAGGGCCGCGACAUCUGGUGGCACGACGAGGUCGACAAGUGGCCCGCCUACUUCCCCCCGGUCCCCGUCAGCUCCGAGGACCCCCUCUUCCUGCUCUACACCUCGGGCUCCACCGGCAAGCCCAAGGGCGUCCUGCACACCACGGCCGGCUACCUGCUGGGCGCCGCCAUGACGGGCAAGUACGUCUUCGACAUCCACGACGGCGACCGCUUCUUCUGCGGAGGCGACGUCGGCUGGAUCACCGGCCACACCUACGUCGUCUACGCGCCCCUCCUGCUCGGCGUCACCACCGUCGUCUUCGAGGGCACCCCGGCCUACCCCGACUUCUCGCGCUACUGGGACAUUGUCGAGAAGCACAAGGUCACCCAGUUCUACGUCGCCCCCACCGCCCUCCGUCUCCUCAAACGCGCCGGUGACCACCACGUCAAGCACCAGAUGAAGCAUCUCCGUGUCCUCGGUUCCGUGGGUGAGCCCAUCGCCGCCGAGAUCUGGAAGUGGUACUUUGAGAUUGUUGGCAAGGAGGAGGCACACGUUGUCGAUACCUACUGGCAAACCGAGACCGGCUCCAACGUCAUCUGCCCCCUCGCCGGAGUCACCCCCACCAAGCCGGGCAGUGCUUCCCUUCCCUUCUUCGGCAUCGAGCCCGCCAUCGUCGACCCCGUCUCGGGAGAGGAGCUUCACGGCAACGACGUCGAGGGUGUGUUGGCGUUCAAGCAGCCGUGGCCUAGCAUGGCUCGUACCGUGUAUGGAGCUCACAAGCGGUACAUGGAUACGUAUCUGAACGUGUACAAGGGAUACUACUUCACCGGAGAUGGUGCGGGUCGCGACCACGAGGGAUUCUACUGGAUCCGCGGCCGCGUCGACGACGUGGUCAACGUGAGCGGCCACCGCCUGUCGACGGCCGAGAUCGAGGCGGCCCUGAUCGAGCACAACGCCAUCGCCGAGGCGGCCGUGGUCGGCGUGGCCGACGAGCUGACGGGUCAGGCCGUCAACGCCUUCGUGGCCCUCAAGGACGGUAACGAGGUCUCGGACGCGCUGCGCAAGGAGUUCAUCAUGCAGGUCCGCAAGAGCAUCGGUCCGUUCGCCGCUCCCAAGGCCGUCCACGUCGUCCCCGACCUGCCCAAGACGCGCAGCGGCAAGAUCAUGCGUCGCAUCCUCAGGAAGAUCCUUGCCGGCGAGGAGGAUCAACUCGGUGACAUCACUACGCUCUCCGACCCGUCGAUUGUAUCCAAGAUCAUCGCAACUGUACAUGCCGAGAAGAAGGCCUAA